UCCGCCACCGGGCGACCGGCAGUAGCGGCCGCCACCGCCGCCGCGGCAACGAAGCAGAAGAUUAUGUUACACAAUGCAGCCUCGCACAAAAGUACUACCACUGAGAACAAUUCACCCAAAUGCAACACAAUACCUGCAAAAGGUCUUUUCUUCAACUCGGGCGUGAUGAUCGGCACCAGCAUGUCAAACCUGCAAACGGAACCGACAGCAAAGAUCUUAAGAAUUCAUCUCUGCAGUGAGCUCUAUUGCAGGACUCCCCCCUCUGAGAUGAUAUUUCAGAGGAGUCUUAGCUUUCGAUCUCAUAAACUACUCACGGAUGUUCUGUCUCUGUUCUGUGCAUGCCCCGAGCUACGAAGCAUCAAUUUUUUUUAAGGUUGUUAUGUACAUAUAAUCGUAGGUGUCCGCUGCGUAUGUAAUUAUGUGGAAUUUAUCUGAUGGUGUGUCCACUGUCCCUAAGGCAACACUUUAUUUAGUAUUUAGCUUUUGAUGGGCCCUGCUAUCAGCUCCUAAAUCGUGUUGUUUUCGUCAGACUAUUUUGCCUUUUGGCCAUGGACCUUUCUAGCUUUAGCCAAGUGGCGUCACCUCAUUA